CCCGCAAACCCUUCCGCCCUUGCCAGCAAUGAGUCUUAAAUCGGAUGGCCGUUAAUUCAUGGAAGAUAAAUCGAUUCCAGAAAAAAAAAGCGGAGGAAAUGAGACCGAAAUGACAUAUUAAAGUAGUUGUAGCAGCUUGAGAAUGCAGACUGAAUCUUUUACAAUUGUGACUCAGGCUCAGUUUGCACAACAAUAUAGAGAGUAUUUGGAGGCAAAUGGAAUUUUGGACACAGCCUAUCGCCUCCAGAAGCAGCCUGAUGGAACAGUGGCAUUGCCUGUGCUUUACAGUAAACUCAGUCAGCACCACCUUCUCAACCUGUGUAAUUCUGUGGCUCUGGGCAGCACCUGUACUAUCACAAAAAUAAAGAACCCAAUACUAUCCAAGAAGUCUUCAGUAAAAUCCUGCCACAAACAAAUGCAGGAGGAGCUGUCUGAAUUGGUGAAGCAUGCUGGAGUAUCAUGGACUCAUCAACUGAAGCAUGACCUGCCUCGAGUGUGGAAGCGGCAUGGAGACAUGAUUAUUCUGAAUGAAAGUGCAUUCCAGGCAGAUAUUUGGAAAACCUUGGAGCCAGGACUGUGGCUGGUGGUUGCUAAUGUACUUGGAGCAAAACGCAUUGCAAAAGCUGGUAGAGUAUCUGCUGAUGGCUUUCGGACUCCAAAGGUGACUUUACUGCUGGGGAAUGAUGCCUGGGUUCACCAUAUUGACAAUGGCAUCAGGUAUACAUUUGAUGUCACCAAAUGCAUGUUCUCCUCAGGAAACAUCACAGAGAAGCUUCGGGUCAGCUCAUUUGAUUGUACGGGGGAGGUGGUUGUGGAUCUGUAUGCAGGCAUUGGUUAUUUUACAUUACCAUUUCUCAUGCAUGCGGGUGCAGCAUUUGUCCAUGCCUGCGAAUGGAAUCCACACGCAGUUGCUGCACUCUUAAAGAAUCUGGAAUUGAACAAAGUAUUGCAUCGCUGUAAAGUCCACAAAGGUGACAACCGACAGCUGUCUCUACGCAAUCUGGCAGAUCGAGUGAAUUUGGGACUCAUUCCAAGUUCAGAAGAAGGAUGGCCUGUAGCGUGCCAGUUGUUAAGAGAGGAUAAGGGAGGGAUUUUCCACAUUCAUCACAAUAUUAGCCUGUACGGUGAAAACAGAAAUGCACACUUCGACAGGCAGAAUUUUGAUAGCAGUUCUUCUAAAGCACAGCAACAGUAUUUAACUGCAGAGCUUCCAGCUUCAAGUAUUGAGAGAUCUGGGAGUAGUUCCGAUUCUACAACUCCAACAUUCACAUCAUCAUUGAAAAAGGAUGCAAAUGAAGAAAGCAUAUACAACUUAAGAUGGAAAGGACCAGGCAACCAGUCAAAAAUUGAAAAAGGAGUAUUUACCUAUCCGGAGUGGCAAGCUUGGGCAGAGACAGUUGCAUUAAGGAUUAAGUGUUUAUUAGAAACUCUCCAUGCAAAGCCAUGGUGGACAAAUAUCUUACAUCUUGAACAUGUGAAGUCUUAUGCACCUCAUGUUGAUCAUGUUGUACUGGACUUGGAAUGUAGACCAUGCGAUGUGAAUUUAUAAACUGAAAAUAUUGGGCUUUUUCCCAAAUUUUGUAAUCCAUGAAAGUUGAGAAACUGAAAAUGCCUGUAUUUAUCCAUGUUACACUUAGCGUCUUUCUGUCGUUAACUGGUAUUAUCCUAUAUAUCUUUUAAUGGCCUGAUUUGCACCCCAGCCUUCUGUUUUGUACAUUUUUAAAAAAAUAUUUUACGUGUAACAUCUUAUGUUCAAUUAUCAUUUAAUUUUACAGUUUAUCUUUGCUUUUCUAAUUGUUUUUGUUGACUACUGUCCUAAUCUCUCUAUUUUGUUCUUAUGGCUUUAUUCAUCCAUGUUGUCUCAUUAGUAUUUAAUUUGUUCUUUCUUUUUGACAGAGCACUUUCUUCUGUACUCUGAAAUAUAUAAGAUGUUGUUCAACACUGUCCUAUAUUGUUAUUUGUUGAUAAUGAAUACAUAACAGUCGUGUCAAAAUAA